GGCCCCAGGGUGCCUCUUCGCAAUGGCCUCAGCCCCGCCUGGCGUCGCACGUCAGCACUGCGGGCCACACCCCUGCGCACGGGUUGGGUCCCAGCGACAUGAUGAAACUUCCCGCACGCGUUACAGUAGCUAGGCUGCUUGCUAUAAGAGUGCCUGCAGCAUGUGUGGCAUUUGGGCCCUCUUCGGCAGCGACGACUGCCUUUCCGUGCAGUGCCUGAGUGCAAUGAAGAUUGCACACAGGGGGCCAGACGCAUUUCGUUUUGAGAAUGUCAAUGGAUAUACCAACUGCUGCUUUGGAUUUCACCGGUUGGCUGUGGUUGACCCCCUAUUUGGAAUGCAGCCAAUAAGAGUGAAGAAAUAUCCUUAUCUGUGGCUCUGUUACAAUGGUGAAAUCUACAACCACAAGGCGCUACAACAACGCUUUGAAUUCGAAUAUCAGACCAAUGUGGAUGGUGAGAUUAUCCUGCAUCUCUAUGACAAAGGAGGUAUUGAACAGACGAUCUGUAUGCUGGAUGGGGUGUUUGCAUUCAUCUUGCUGGACACUGCCAACAAGAAAGUGUUUCUGGGCAGAGAUACCUAUGGAGUCAGGCCCUUGUUUAAAGCCAUGACAGAAGAUGGAUUUCUGGCUGUGUGUUCAGAAGCUAAAGGGCUCGUUUCCUUGAAGCACUCCACCACUCCCUUCUUAAAAGUGGAGCCCUUCCUUCCUGGACACUAUGAAGUUUUGGAUUUAAAACCAAAUGGCAAGGUUGCAUCUGUGGAAAUGGUGAAAUACCAUCAUUGCAGGGAUGAGCCACUGCACGCCCUCUACGACAGCGUAGAGAAACUCUUUCCAGGCUUCGAGUUAGAAACAGUGAAGAGCAAUCUUCGUAUCCUGUUUGACAAUGCUGUCAGGAAGCGUUUGAUGACGGACAGGAGGAUCGGCUGCCUUUUAUCAGGGGGCCUGGACUCAAGCUUGGUUGCUGCCUCCCUGCUGAAGCAACUCAAGGAGGCUCAAGUACAGUAUCCUCUCCAGACAUUUGCCAUUGGCAUGGAAGACAGCCCGGAUCUCCUGGCCGCUAGAAAGGUGGCAAAUUUUAUUGGAAGCGAGCAUCAUGAAGUCCUUUUUAAUUCUGAAGAAGGCAUUCAGGCCCUGGAUGAAGUCAUAUUUUCCUUGGAAACUUAUGACAUUACAACAGUUCGAGCAUCUGUAGGUAUGUAUCUAAUUUCUAAGUACAUUCGGAAGAACACAGACAGUGUGGUGAUCUUCUCUGGAGAAGGUUCAGAUGAGCUUACACAGGGCUACAUAUAUUUCCACAAGGCUCCUUCUCCCGAGAAGGCAGAGGAGGAGAGUGAGAGGCUGCUGAAGGAACUCUACCUGUUUGAUGUUCUCCGUGCCGACCGCACUACUGCUGCCCAUGGUCUUGAACUAAGAGUCCCGUUUCUGGAUCAUCGGUUUUCCUCCUAUUACUUGUCCCUGCCACCAGAAAUGAGGAUUCCAAAAAAUGGGAUAGAAAAACAUCUCCUGCGAGAGACGUUUGAGGACUCCAACCUGCUACCCAAAGAGAUUCUCUGGAGACCAAAAGAAGCCUUCAGUGAUGGGAUCACCUCAGUUAAGAACUCCUGGUUCAAGAUUCUACAGGAUUAUGUUGAACAUCAGGUUGAUGAUGCAAUGAUGGCAACGGCAGCCCAGAAGUUUCCCUUCAAUACUCCCAAAACUAAAGAAGGCUAUUACUACCGCCAGAUCUUUGAACGCCAUUACCCAGGCCGGGCUGAUUGGCUGACUCAUUAUUGGAUGCCCAAGUGGAUCAAUGCCACCGACCCUUCUGCCCGCACUCUCACCCAUUAUAAGUCAGCUGCCAAAGCUUAAA